AUCAAUUACAAAUAUUUUGAAAAUAACUUAUUACAGAUGCUAAAUUAAUAAAACUGGUACGUUUCACCUUAAACCCUAACCCUCCGAAUCAGCUAGAGAGACUCACUCUUCUAUUUAAACCCUUCCUUCUUUUCUUUUCCUUGUUUUUACGCGCCGACCAAUGCAAGGGAAUCGCAACGGCUCGUGGUCACUACGCGCCUCCGCGUACGGUAGAAACGGCAACGGAAACGGAGGAUAUAUUUCUCAAGCGACUCGUGUGUUUCCCAAUUACAAUGUCCAACAACAACCCAUCAGAUACAAUUUCCAGACUCAGCAGAAUAUCAACUUCCCUCACCCACAAUUAGGCGGUGGCGCUAAUUUAGAAGUCAUGCGAAUUGAUAAGGCCAUCAACAACACUCGUAAAUCACUAAUUGCUGCUGGAGAGAACGUUUCUUCGACUAGAGUGUCGCAAUCAGUUUUAGAACAACUUCAGGCUGAUGAUACUUGGCGUUCCUUGGGGAUACAAAUGCAAGAUGUUCCUUCGCUUCGUCAACUCAUGGCCCUUGAAGGCAAGAUUAUUGCAUUUAUUCACUGCUUCAUUGGCGCUAGAGGAAUCGUGACUCUGCAUGAUUUGGAAGUAGCAAUAUGCCGAAACGAGUUCGUUGGUUGUUUUGAUGAUCUGGGAUUGGGACCUUUGCUGCAGCAUCCACUUGUCUUGCUCUAUUUCCCAUCCAUCUCUGGUUCUACUGCCCCAGUUCAGAUCACUAGUGAGGAGAUAAUCUCAUUUCUUGAUAUGUAUCUAAACACUUACCAUAUGGACGAUGUUAAGCUAGAUGGAUUCCUGGAUUUUGUUGCUAAGGAAAAAGCAGUUACAAGUAAGGACAAGCUUGGUGUCCGUAUUCAGAGCUUACGGAUGUAUGUAUCUUUCAUUCAAAACGCGAAGAGACAAGAAGGCGAAACAUUGAAGAUCUUGCUGACUGGACUGCAUCAGAAGUAUCACAUCCUCCCAUCAAAGAAACAACAGCAAGAUAAAGAUUAUUGUGGCAAGCAUACAAGAUUUAAUUCAUUGAGCUCGGAGGAAAAUGAUAGUGCUGAUUAUGAGGUCGAAAAUGUUAAUAGUUGUGACCAAUUCAGUAGUUGUCCAUAUCCAUCCGUUUCAGAAGAGACGAAGCAGCAUAUGAGCUCCAAUAAAAAAAGGAAGGCUGAAAGUCGUAGCCAUGAAAAAUCUGAUUUCUCCAAACUGCGUAGAAGAUACCCCUCUAAAUUACAUAGAGGACAUGUGAAACAAGAGAUACAUAACUUGGCGGAUGAUUCUGAUGCUAAGCAGGUUUUCAGUGGCAAUGAGGCUGAUUUCACACUUUCUGAAGGAGCUUUGAGACUGUUCAGUUCAACUUGGAAGGAUACAUGCAAAGAGCUAAGCAUGUCAAUGUUUGUGAAGAAAUUGUUGUCUUCUUACAACUUGGGGGGAUCCGAAGUAGAAGCUCAGAUUAAAAGAGCUAAAGCUAUGUCAUCAUUUCCAUUUGGUGGAUUACAACAUGUCGCUAAGGAGCUUGUAACAGAGGCUCUUGAGGAACAUAUUCCGACUGAGAUCACAGAUACAAACUUGGUUGCUGGGUAUGAUGAUCGUGCUGGCACAAGUUCACGAGCUAAUAUGCACAUAAAGAGUGGUUCAAUGUCAGGGAAUCUUGUUCAUGAAUGGAACAAUUCUGUCUCAACUGACUUCCGCAUAAGAAAUCAGCUUCACACUGGCGCACUUUGGGCUGCACAGGCGCAAGAGACGGGUAGAAAAGGUGAAGAAAUCGCUUACAGAUACUUUGUUGCAAAAUACGGUAAGACGGCUCUGGUUAGAUGGGUUAAUGAGCAGAGCGAAACCGGGUUACCUUACGACCUGAUAAUCGAAAACCGAGGCGGUAAGAAAGAGUACAUAGAGGUGAAAGCAACUGUAUCCACACGGAAAGACUAUUUUAAUUUGACGAUGAGGGAAUGGCAAUUUGCAAAUGAGAAAGGAGAGAGUUACGUUAUAGCUCACGUUUUGUUAGGCAACAGUAAUGCCAUCCUCACACAACACAGGAACCUUGUCAAAUUAUGUCAAGACGGUCAUCUCCGUGUUACUGUAUCAGGGUUGAUGGGGGAUUCUUCUGCUAGUUCAAAUAGAGUUAAGCUUCGGGAUGGGAGAUUCUUAGCUUAUAGAGAGAGAGGAGUUCCAAAGGAAAAGGCCAAAUACAAGAUCAUUCUUGUUCAUGGCUUUGGAAGCUCCAAAGAUAUGAACUUCUCUGCCUCAAAAGAGCUGAUAGAAGAACUUAAGGUGUACUUGCUAUUCUACGACCGUUCUGGAUAUGGAGAAUCAGAUUCAAACACGAAACGUUCGUUGGAAAGCGAAGUUGAUGACAUAGUAGAACUUGCAGAUCAUCUGCAGCUAUCCGGCGUGGCUUUUGUUGCUCCGGUGGUUAAUUAUCGGUGGCCCUCGCUUCCUAAGAAGCUAAUCAAAAAAGAUUAUAGGAGAGGUAUUAUCAAAUGGGGUUUGAGGAUAUCGAAAUAUGCACCUGGACUGUUACAUUGGUGGGUCAUUCAAAAGCUCUUCCCUUCAACUAGUUCGGUCCUUGAAAGCAAUCCGGUCUAUUUCAACAGCCACGACAUAGAAGUGCUCAAGCGAACAACCGGAUUUCCCAUGCUCACUAAGGAUUCGCUACGAGAAAGAAAUGUUUUCGAUACUCUAAGGGACGAUUUCAUGGCUUGUUUCGGGCAAUGGGACUUCGAACCUGCAGAUCUAAGCAUUCGUAAAGAGAGCUAUAUUCACAUCUGGCAUGGUAUGGAGGACAAAGUUGUUCCAUUUCAACUUCAAAGAUGCAUUAUGCAGAAACAACCUUUGAUCAACUACCACGAAAUCCCGCAAGGCGGACAUCUGAUCGUACACUACGAUGGCAUUUGCGAUGCGAUUUUACGUGCACUACUGCUCAAGGAAGAACAACAAAAGCUGUAAAAACCAAAUUCUUGAACUCACCAUUUGAUGAAAACAUGUACAAUAGAAUUUGAUUUGUAAC